CCGGGCAGGAAGAGCCGCUCCGGGACCGCUCCGCCGCCAUGUCGCUGCUCUGCUACAACCGGGGCUGCGGCCAGCGCUUCGACCCCGAAACCAACACGGAGGAUUCAUGCACGUACCAUCCCGGUGUGCCAGUCUUUCAUGAUGCUCUCAAAGGUUGGUCAUGUUGUAAGAGGAGGACAACAGACUUUUCUGACUUCUUGAGCAUUGUGGGCUGUACUAAGGGUCCCCAUAACAGUGAGAAACCUCCUGAGCCUGUUAAACCAGAAGUCAAAACUACCUCUGAACGGAAGGAGCUGGCUGAACUGAAACCCAAAUUUCAAGAACACAUAAUUCAGGCACCAAAACCAUUGGAAACAAUUAAAAGGCCAAGCCCAGAUGAGCCAAUGACAAAGUUGCAGCUGAAAGUGUCAGCGUCCUUGAAGCAAGCACUAGAUAAACUGAAACUGUCAUCAGAAAAUGAAGAGAAAAAAGAGGAGGACAGUGAUGAAAUCAAGAUUGGGACGGCAUGUAAAAAUGCAGGCUGUUCAAAAACGUACGAAGGACCACACAGCGCAGAAGAAGUAUGUAUAUACCAUUCUGGUGUACCUAUAUUCCAUGAAGGGAUGAAGUAUUGGAGCUGUUGUAAAAGAAAAACGUCUGACUUCAAUACAUUUUUAGCUCAAGAAGGCUGCACGACAGGAACACAUGUAUGGACUAAAAAGGAUGCGGGAAAGAAAGUAGUUCCGUGCAGGCAUGAUUGGCACCAGACGGGAGGAGAAGUGACUAUUUCUGUAUAUGCUAAAAACUCUGUUCCUGAUCUGAGCUACGUAGAAGCAAAUAGCACAAUGUUAAAUAUCCAUAUUGUAUUUGAAGGUGAAAAGGAAUUUCAUCGCAGUGUGAAAUUAUGGGGAGUAAUCGAUGUAAAGAGGAGUUAUGUGAACAUGACGGCUACAAAGAUUGAGCUCACUAUGAGGAAAGCAGAGCCCCUAUUAUGGGCUAGUCUUGAAUUACCCGUAUCCAACGCACAAGGAAAAAAAGAGAAUUCAGAUCAAUAAUGAUUCCAAGAGACAAGUUAUUUCCCCAUUAUGAAGUGGUGACUUGCUACUGUAAUCAAAUAUUUAACUUUUAUAUAGAUUCUUUUUUUUUUUUAAUGCUAGAUCAUAUGUUCCAUUCAACAAAGAAAUUUGAUGCACAGUAAAUGGGGGUGUAAACAUGAAGGGUAAUAGCUGUUUUGGCUCUUGCUCCCAUGACUGUAUUUAUUCUAGUUGGAGUGUCUCCAUGGGGAUUUAGGGUAAAAGAGCUAUUGCCCUUUGCUUAUAACCUCUCCUGCCAUGCACUGACUGUCCAAAUAGAUGUGUUCUCAGUCCA